AUGGGUCUCUAUCUUCCUACGACUGGGCUCCUUGACCUCAGAGUAUUCUUUCCAUUCCUUACAAAAAAAAAAAAAAAAUUAAAUGUCUCUGUGUUUCCAAAAAAAAAAAAAAAAAAAUUUAAUAAAUCUGUAAACAGCAUGAAAAAAAAAAAAAAAAACGACAAACAAAAGGAUUUCCUUCAGCUGAUGAUUGACAAAAAAAAAAAAAAAGAAACUGAGUCCCACAAAGCUCUGUCUGAUCAGGAAAAAAAAAAAAAAACAAUUAUCUUCAUUUUUGCUGGCUAAAAAAAAAAAAAAAAUGUUCUUUCCUUCAUUAUAUAUGAAAAAAAAAAAAAAAAAGAUGUCCAGCAGAAACUGCAGGAGGAAAAAAAAAAAAAAAUGCCCAAUAAGGUAAAAAAAAACUACGAUGCCAUGGUACAGAUGGAGAAAAAAAAAAAAAAAGUGAAUGAAACACUCAGAUUAUUCCAAAAAAAAAAAAAAAUUGAGAGGGCCUGCAAGAAAGAUGUAAAAAAAAAAAAAAAGUUCAUUCCCAAAGGGGCAAUGGUGAAAAAAAAAAAAAAAGCUCUUCACCAUGACCCAAAGUACUGGACAGAGCCUGAGGAGUUCCGCCCUGAAAGGUUCAGUAAGAAGAACAAGGACAGCAUAGAUCCUUACAUAUACACACCCUUUGGAACUGGACCCAGAAACUGCAUUGGCAUGAAAAAAAAAAAAAAAAACAUGAAACUUGCUAUAAUCAAAGUAAAAAAAAAAAAAAACUUCAAACCUUGUAAAGAAACACAGGUAAAAUUGAAAUUAGGCAACCAAGGCCUUCAAAAAAAAAAAAAAACCAUUGUUCUAAAGGUUGAGUCAAGAAAAAAAAAAAAAAAUGGAGAAUGA